AUCUAUCAUUUAGGGACUAAAAUGUUAUUAUUAAAACAAAAAAAACAAAAAACAAGAUACACACUCAGACAUACAGUCACACACCUACACAAACACAACUAUAUAAGAAAACUGCAGUUUCUCAAAACAAAACCACCGAAAACUUCUCAUAAUUAGUCCCAAACAAGGCCUACCUAAAGUAAAUAUAAUGGAUCAGUUAUCCCUUGAAAACCCUAAUUUGUCUAAGAAGAAAAAUCAAGAAAAGGGUAUGGAUAAGUUAAGAGAAUUAAUCUUGAAACUUGCAAACAGUGAACCAAAUGUACCAUUGAGUGCUACCCAAAAUUCACUUCUUCAAGAAAAACUUAAUCAUUUUCUUUCUUGUCUUCAUGCUGGUCCAGAUCAUCCUCCUUAUGCUUGGAUGAUUGAAAAGGCCCUGCAGGAAUUGAAUGAAGAAGGAGGAUCCAGUGAAGACUCAAUAUCGGAGUUUAUCAAGAAAGAAUAUGACAGUUUGCCAUGGGCUCAUACGACCCUGCUGAAACGUCAUCUACAGAUGAUGUCUGAAAAAGGAGAAGUCCUUAUGACUGAUGGAGGACGGUUUUCGCUUCCUGGUGACAACAAAAGCAUGAAUCAAAAGAGAAAAAGAAAGAGGAAGCGAAGGCCGGUUUGGGAAGUUAAACAAAAGAAGCUGCGGAAGAAGCAAAAGAAGGGGGCAAAGCGGGUGCAGCAUGAUGGUGUCGAAGUUGCUAAAGAACAGAAGAAGCUGGCUGAGCGACAAAAUGAAGUCACUGUUGAUGGAAAACAGGGGCAAGAAAAUCAAGUACGUGAAGAAUACCGGGGGUUGGAUGGGCAUCAUAAUGAUCCGAGCACAGAUAAAGAAGAUGGGCAAUCAAAAGGGCAGCAAAACUCUGUAACUGCAAAUAAAGUUCUUCCCAAAAGAGCUCAAAGGAUCAGAGUAGUACAUAAACAGAAAGGGAAGCAAAAGCUUGAUGCUAAAGAAGGAUCUGUGCCUGUUGAACCUCCCAGGUGUAUGAUGACAGAAGAGAUUGAGCAAUUAGAGGAUCCGAAAUUGCAGCAACCGAAGUUUAGUGUCAGCAGAGUUGAGAAAACAGCUGAUAUUAGCAACUUAUGUCCACAAGAAAUUGUGGAAAACGAACAACCUGGAGUUAACGUGCCUCAAAUUUUAAGUCCAGAAGCGCCUCCAGGUUUUGAGUUUAGGGCGGAGGAGGAUGCCACAGCAAAUAAAGCGCAUAACUCUUCGUCGGUAGGUUUGGACUCACCGAAGGAAGACCAUGUUGUGGAUCAGAGUUCUGAGAGACCUGCUGAGGACCAAGUACCUAGAAUGGGUGACUUGUCCGAUGAAUUAAAACAGUCUAGAGAGAGUCCAAAGCAGCAGAGACACACCAUCGAUGAAUCUUUGCCAUCAGAAACUGUUCUGUCCUUGAACCAGAAUGAACAGCAGAGCUUAGAUACUGAAAGGUUAGAAGAGGAGUCUGUUGCUGAGGAUCUGUUAAAGACUAAGAAGCAGCAAAAGGUGCACCAUGAUGGGCAGCAAACAAAUAGGCCAACACGGACUUUGACAAGGGCGCAAACGAAAGGAACAGUAAUUCCAAAUGCACCAAUGGAGAUCUCAUCAGAACCCCAGCAGCCGUCCAUUCCAAGAAAAAUGACAAGAACUCAUCUAAAAAAGAUCCAAAAUCAACCUGCAGCACCAACAGAUUUAUUUGCCUUGAAACAUGUAGAGCAAGAGAAAUCACCUGAAACUAAGCAGCAAGUUGGUAAGCCUCGUAGCCUUUGUAAGAAGAUAGGAGGAGCUCAGCAGCAGGAGCAACAUAUUCCAGAGUUAGAACUGGAGAGCUCAUCAGAACCCAAUCAGCCGUCCAUUCGAAGAAAAAGAACGAGAACUCAGCAAAUAGGGAUCGUAAGUCACUCUCCAUCAUCGACAGAUGUGUUUGCCUUGAAACAUCUAGAGCAAGAGAAUUCACCUGAAACUAAGCAGCAGGUAGAUAAGCCAAGUGAAAUGAUAUCUCCAGAUAUUCAUGGAAAUUUGGACAAAGGAGAAGCCCAGCAGCUGACGGAACUGUCAAAGAUGGAAGGAUCCGAAGAGAUUGUACUUGCAACAGUUGAACCAUCAUCUGAAAAGAAGCAGCAGCCAGAAGAAGGGAGAUCUGCCCCGGAGAAGCUCAAUGUGGAUGGUAAACCUGAUGUUUCGCUUCUACCAAGUCCUACAGGAUUUGAGGCAGCAUUGAUUGAGAAGUCAUUGCAAAAUGAUCGUGCACGAAGACAACUGAAGCGCUGGAGCAAAACCCCGGGUGCACCUAAAUCAGUAAGUACCUCUCAAGUGGAACCAUUGCCAUUCUGUGCCUCAUCAGAUCAAGAUAUAGUACAUAUGGAUGAGCCUUUGGAAACGGAAGUGCCUUUGGGAUUGGGAACAAGGGAGGAGGCGUUGAAUUUGAUUGAUCCUCAGCAUGAAGUGAACUCGGAUCAACCAAAACAACAGCAUCGCCAGACCCGUCGUAAGUACAAGGAGGAUGGUGCCACACUAGGUGAUAGUACAAUUUCAGCAUUGGCAACAAACGAGGAGGAGUUAUGUUUGGAUGAUCCUCAGGAUGAGGUCCACUUGAAACAGCUAAAACAUAAGCCUCGUGGGAGGGCUGCCAAGGGCAAGGAGGAGGAUGGGGCCGAUCCAGGUACUACACUUUUGAAGGACUUGAGAUCAUCUACGAAGUUAAAGAAGAAACAAACUGGUCCAGGUAGGAAGGCGUAGGAAGGCACAGUACAGUGAGCAUUGGAGUUCCUUGGUUCUUUCUUUAGAUGACUAAUGGUAUAAAUUUAGAUAUAUCCUAGGAGUUCAAAUGUCAGUGGAUAUAAAUAUUAGAAGUUGCUUGUAUUUCUCUUAUGUUCUCAAACUUGGCACUGUACAGUAGAGGUACAGUAUAGUAAUUCGAACUAAUAGCCUAAUGAAAAUACUUAUUUGAAAGAAGCUAUUACAU